CGCUAGAAAGUGUGCCAUUUGAGGGAAAUUGAGGGAAAGAGGCUCAAUUUAAAGCAAACAGGAUGGAAGGUUUAGGGGCUUAAGCUGGAAAAAUGUGGUAACGCCUCAGGUCCUGCCCCAAGAAACACACAAAACCACAUUUUACACAAACCACUUCCCGUCUCUUCCGUUUUUCUUACAUCCGUACUUAUAGUUUGUGGAAGCGCUCUGAAAAAUCAGAUCACAGCUGAGAACUAGAGUCAAUGCACGAUUCAAUAACAUGGAGGGAGGCUGCUGCAAGUGAUGACAGAGCUGCAGAGAAACUGAAAUUUCAGGAAAACAGGAGAAGACAUGAGAAGAUGAGUCAUUCCCUUGAAGUCUUUGCACUCAGACUAGUUAUGACCUGCCUACUAUGGAAGGAGGUGCGAGGUCAGUCCGAUGCGUAUAUCCUCGAUGCCCCGAAUGUGGUCACAGUACAGGAAGGACUCUGUGUCAUAAUUCCCUGUACCUUUGCAUAUCCAGCAUCGCCCGAAAGUAGCCCCUCUGAAUUAUAUGGGUACUGGUAUGCGACAGGCAGCCGAAGCUACAGAGACCCAUCUGUGGCCACCAAUGAUGAGAAGAAAGAAGUAGCAGACUAUACCCGGCAUCGUUUUCAUCUUUCUGAAGGACUGGAACAAGGAGAUUGUUCGCUCAUCAUAACGGAGGCCCGAAAGGGUGACGAAAGGCCUUAUUUUUUCAGAAUGGAGAAAGGCAGAAUAAAAUAUAGUUACGUUAUGACCCAGCCAUCUCUGAGAGUCACAAAAGCAGUCGACCAAGAGAAACACGCAGUGCUGUCUCUGUGUCCAAGCACUGCCAUUCCUCUCUUUUUGAGCCUCCUCUUGAUCAAAGUCUUGUUUUGCUUCUUGUUCUUCUUUUUGACCUUUUGGCAUUUCAAUGGGAGGACCGCACUGCUCCACAAAAGAAUUGCAAAGGGUCGGCAGCUGGAUCUCCUGCAUCUCUUUUGCCCAGGCCUCAGACUUUGCAGUUGGGAGACCAUGCAAGGUGAGAAAAGUUGUCAGCUUGAGAGCCCUUCCUUGAAGGCUGGAGAUUUUGUCUCCUCUCCAGCGAAAGUGACAGCCCUGGUCUUCCUCCUGCUUUGCAAAGGGGUGCUGACUCAGAGAAUGAACUAUACAAUCACUGUGCCCAAGACAGUCCACGUGCCACGGGGCUUCUGUGUCCAUGUCCCCUGCAAAUUCACCACCCCUGAGAGAUACAAGGCCAGCGCUGAGCCCAUGUACGGCUAUUGGUUUCGGAUCAUGAGAAGGCGCUACUAUCUGAUAUGGACCAACCUUUGGGUGCUAGGCUACCUUAUGGCCACCAACGAUGGAAGACAGAAGGCUCAAGAGACCCAUAUGAAGUUGACGGGGGACCCAGCCCUUGGCGACUGUUCCUUCAGCAUCAUUGAUGCAGGGUUGGAUGAUUGGGGCUGGUACUACUUCCGAAUUGAUAAAGGAGAGCAAUACAGAUAUGCUUUCCUUUCCACCCGCCAUGAUGGCCAUAUCCAUCCUCACAUUGUCUUGACAGAUCUGCCAACCCCGACAAUCCAGAGGCCCCCUGAGAUCAUCUGGGGGCAGCCAGCUACAUUCAUCUGUGAAGUACCAAAUGUCUGCUCAGAUAACCGUGCGCGACUCCUCUGGCCUGUUGAGUCCAACAGUUUCAGCAAGGAUCCGUGGAGCAAAGAACACAGCCAAUGGACCUGGACCUAUGGGGUGAAUGUCACCUUCAUACCCUCCCUAGCGGAUGAGGGCAAAGUCCUCACUUGCCAGCUUGAGUACCCUGCUAAGGGGAAACUUCUCCAGGAUUCCACCCGCCUUGACUUGGGCUAUAAACCGGAGCCCAUCAAUGCAUUUCAAAACACCAAAUGUUCACUAAAGGGCCAUGUCCUUGUCUGUGUCUGUUCCUUCCAUUCCUGGCCCCCACCCCAGAUCCUGUGGAACGUGGAUGGGAAGAAUCUUACAGAAAACAGCACCUCAGAACCCCUGCAGGUCAUUUCCUGGACCAAAGGAAAUGAAGUCUACAGCACUCUGAACUGGACAGGAGGCCACGUUCAGGACAAUAACCACUCCAUCACCUGUAUAGGAGCCAAUAAUUUUGGACACCGUAUCAUCGACAUGUUCCCUAAGCUCUCCAAGAAAACAAAGUCUCCUUUCCAUUUGUCUCUUGCGAUGAUUUCUGGGAUCAUUGUUGGGUCCCUCCUUGCACUGACAGGUACCGGGAUCCUCCUCAGAUUCUUCAUGGGUGAGUAA